AUGGCUGAUGAAAAGGCUUUACCCGCUGCUUCGAGUCAGCCUGGCUCCGCGUCGGAUGUUGAGGUUGGACAGGUGGGCUCGCCUGGGUAUGAUGAGAACGGUUGGAAUCGGGGUCUCUCGCCCCGUGCUGUCAUCAUGUUGUCCCUGGGUGGUGGGAUUGGCUUGGGGCUGUGGAUUGGCACGGGGACGGCGCUGGCUGCUGCUGGACCGGCUGGUUGUGCGAUUGGAUAUGCGUUGGUUGCACUCGCCAUCUACAUCGAGUUCCUCUCCAUCGGAGAGAUGACCUGCUACAAGCCCAUCAACGGCGGCUAUAUCAGACAGUGCAUGGAGUACGUCGACCCGGCUGCCGCAUUUGCAAUGGGCAUGAACCUGUGGUUCUCGUGGACCAUGACGGUUCCCUCUGAGGUUAUUGCUUGCAUCAAUGUGCUGCAGUAUUGGGAGGCCCCGAGGAACUUCCCGAUGGCGGCGUACAUCACGAUCUUCGCCAUCGUCACUGCGAUACCGAAUCUCUUCCCUGUUAGGAAGUACGGUAGCGUCGAGGUGGUCAUGAGUGCGCUCAAGGUCCUGUCCAUCACGUCUUCCAUGUGCUUUCUGUUCAUCAUGGCGUCGGGGGGUCUGCCAUCGCAGAGUGGUCCGCUUGUCUUUCACUACUGGAAGACACCUGGGGCUUUCAACAAUGGGAUGAAGGGGAUCUGCAAGGCUGUCCUGCAGGCUGCGUUUAGCUGUCCUUCUGCCGGCUGGGUGGCCAUCACCGCAGGCGAGAUGAAGGAUCCCCGACGCACCGUCAAACGCUCGACGAACCCGCUCUUCUGGCGCAUGUUCCUCUUCUACAUCGUCAACAUCUGGCUCGUGGGCAUGUGCGUUCCAUAUAACCAUCCCGACUUGACCGAGUCGAGCACGCUCUCUAGUCCAUUCAUCAUUGCCAUCCGGGACGGUGGAUCCCCGGUCUUCGCGCACAUCAUCAACGGCCUCGUCUUCAUUACUGUGCUCUCCUGCAGCAUGACCUCGUACUAUGUGGCCAGCCGUUGCUUCUCGCAUAUGGCGGAUAUCGGGGUCAUCCACUCCUGGUUCGGCAAGAAGGAUGCUGCUGGUCGGCCGUGGUUUGCUCUGAUCAUGAGCGGUAUUCUCGGUGGAGGACUGACUUACCUCAACCUCAAUAAUACCUCGACGGAGGUGUACAACUGGUUCUCGAACUUGGUCGGCAUCUCCUCUUUCUGCAACUGGUUCCUGAUCUACGUCUCCCAUAUCCGAUUCCGCCAGGGCCUGAAAACCCAGGGCAUUGACAACAAGACCCUGCCCUACCGUGACCGCUUCGCGCCGUACUCACAAUGGCUGGGCAUGGUGCUGAUAGUUCUCUUCCUCGCGGCCCAACUUUACUUUGCCAUCUUCCCCUUCUCGGGCAAGCCCAGUGCAGAGAACUUCUUUGCCACGUAUAUCACUGUGCCGUUGUUCUUUGUCGACUACAUUCUGUACAAGCUCUACUUCAAGACGAAGCUUGUCGCACCCAAGGACAUGGACUUCUCCCCGGCAGAGUAUUUCGACAAGAUUGACGAGGAGGAGAGGGAGGAGGAGAGACUCAACCCAAAGCCGAAGCAGACGCUGUUGGGCCGGAUUUGGGGGAUGAGGACGGCGAUUGUGUAG